CCCCUCCGCCCGUGAAUGUACACGUAUUUUUCUAUGUACUUGCUUACAUCUCUGGGCUCAACCCACGCUAAUAUUCGUCCUGGGUUUUUGUACCUCGCCCGAACCCCGACAAGCUCACUGAUACUUUUCCCAUCGCCCAAAGUGGACAUCUUUCUCAGACUCGCUCUCUUCAACUCGUCUCAUCUCAAACACUUUCUCCACGUCUCAAUUUCCCCGACUUCUCCGCUGCAAAGCUACAGGAUGGUGAGUCCUCGCUGGUUGGGCGUGUCGCACUGGACCUGCAGCGUCCUCAUCGUCUUCUUGUCCGACACGCUGUCCGAGGCGCGUACCUACCUCCACCUACAGACCAACCAGGUCGAGGACAUGCGAUAUGACGACUCGGUCUUGGACCUCCCCACGUGCCGGGACGACUCGAUCUGCGGCUUUUUGCAGGCCAAUUCGCACGGGAUAAAUGUCCAGCAGCGGUGCGCCUGUCCCGGCGUGGGGGCGAGGUGCCCCCUCACCUGGGACACCUUCGAUGGACACUCCGUCACCAUGGGGUCCGAUCAGUAUAAGUACUGUGGGGCGGCUCCGGAGUUGAAGGUUUGCGCCAACAUGUACACCGCAUACACCAGCCUCAUGAUGUACGCCAAGGUGAAGGAGGAGGACGAAAACAUGCUCUCCGCCACUUCCGCCGAGAAGGACGACGAAAAACUCGUCCUCAGUUCCGACCACUUGAAAUGCAUUUGCCCAGAAACGCACAACUAUGUCCUCGUCCACAAGGGGUUCUCCUCCCCCGAAGUCGACACGGAAGCCAUUCAUCUCUCCUACAUCUGCUCCCCGUUGGGGACGUGCUCUGCAGGGGAGCCUUGUAAGACCUUGAGCUCUACACCGAGUCAGUUUCUGGUGCAGCGGAAAUGCAACUGCCCCUCGGGACUGAGGUGCCCCACCGAGACGACCAAGGGGAUCACGUCCACCUUGUGGAAUAAGGGGUUCUCCUUCGAAAUCCGGUGUCAGAAGUAGGCACCCAUAUCAAGCACAACUUCUUCACAAACAGAUUUACAUACACAUAGCCCCUCCCCCCCAAAAAAAUAAAAAGCUAAAUAAGGUAUAAGUACACGCCGAGAUGGCAACUACAUAAAUAAGCAUGAAAUUUAAACUUUGUCGCAACGCUAGGUUGUCACGUUAUGUACAUAUUUAUAGCAGAAUGCGUUAUAAAACUCACCUCUUUUUCCGCAUGAAUGUCAUGUCAGUGGGGAUUUUCAGAUAAAUGCAGAUUUACGUAAGAAGAGUAAUUAACUAGUUAGUUACAUAAAUUUUAGGUCGUAAAAUAGGUUGUGAUACAUAAGUAAGUAAAUAAGUAGGUGGGGAUGUGGGCUAAAUUUUGGCGGAGGCCGUCAACAAGAAAUGCUUGGCGUGGGUUACAUAUAUUUCAUUCGUUAAUUAAUUAAAGAUUACUGCACAUAAUCUGUAACUACUAGUACAUACUUAAAUGACUACCACACAUACAUCUCUUACGGGGACGCACCAAAUAUUUGGCGUGGGUUAAUUAAAGAUAACUACAUAACAUAACUAUAACACACACACAUCUCUUACGGGGAGACACACAUAUGUAACUAGACAAUUAUAAACCGUAGAAGAGAAAAAAAAGUAGUGAAUAGAUGGAAUUAUUUAUUGGAAUGAAUCCGAAGUCUAAUCCUAUUGAAAUGAGUGAAUGGCCAGCUUACUUAUGGCUUCAUUAGAUUUACCAUUAGCUAACCGAAGUUAUCGUCGUCGUCACAACAUCCUCGUCGUCCCACACAUGGCAGCAAAAGUCUGAAUUGGAAUUGGAUCGCCUACACCAUAGGACGACGCUCUUCUUAUCUAAGGAAUAAAUAAAUAUGUGUGUUUUCCUAAUAUCAUCUGCUCCUCCCUCCCUCACUCUGCUUUCUCUGGUCGUCUUUAAUAAAAAAAAAUGUGUAUGAAAAGCCUCUCAAUGCCGCCUCCUCCUCCCCCUGCGUAAUCCAUUAUCCAAUCUCAAAUACGAUGGAAAUCCUACACAUUUCCAGUGAUUCUGUGGUACGAUGAGAAUUCAUAACAUAUUAUGUCGGUCGUUGUGCGUGUGUGUGGAUAAAACGUGUACCUGCUGCAAAUAUACUGGAAGAAGACAUAUGUAGAAUUGUAUCGGCGUGAAUGGUUGAUGAUUUUGACAGCUGAAUAAAAAAAUUACCUUUCUUCCCCCCUUUUUCUCAAC